AAGGACAUAGAAUCUGUAAUGGCCCAUACGUCUUCUGAAGAUUCUGAUCAUGAGGUUCCUGGGAACAUGGAUGAAGGAGAUGAGAACACCAUCAAGAUCCUGGUGGCCACAGACUGUCACGUAGGAUACAUGGAGAAAGAUUUCAUCCGUCACAGCGACUCCAUCGACACGUUUGAGGAGAUCCUGCAGCUGGCACAAAAAAACAAGGUUGACAUGGUGCUGAUUGGAGGCAACCUCUUUCAUGAGAACACACCCUCCAAGAGGUCCUUACAUGGGGUCAUGACCCUACUCAGGAAGUACUGCAUGGGCGACAGACCAGUACAGAUCGAGUUCCUCAGCGAUCAGAGCGUCAACUUUGCAGCUAGUCCAUUCCCAAAUGUGAACUGUGAAGAUCCAAACCUGAAUAUUGACAUGCCUAUCUUCUCUAUACAUGGCAAUCAUGAUGAUCCUCGUGGGCUGGGUACUCUGUCUGCUCUAGACAUGCUGAGCGCCUGUGGCUUGGUGAACUACUUUGGUAAAAGUACCUCGCUGGAAUCGGUCGAGAUCUCCCCCAUCCUUAUUCAGAAAGGAAUAACCAAGCUAGCUAUGUUUGGACUAGGUUCCAUACGAGAUGAACGUCUUCAUCGGAUGUUCCUAUCAGGAAAGAUCUCCAUGCUGAGACCAAAGCAGAAUGCUGAUUCCUGGUUUAAUAUCUUUGUCAUCCAUCAAAACAGAGCCAAGCGUAGUAGGAACAACUACAUCCCAGCACAGUUCCUGGACAACUUCAUUGACCUGGUCAUUUGGGGUCGCGAGCAUGAAUGCCUGAUUGAUCCUGUAUGGAAUGCUACACAGAACUUCUUCAUCAGCCAGCCUGGUAGUAGUAUAGCCACCUCAUUAACGCCUGGAGAAGCAGUGCCAAAGCAUGUAGGCCUGCUGCAGGUGUGUGGGAAGGCCAUGAAGUGCACCAAACUCAAGCUGGAGACUGUCCGACCGUUCUACAUAGAAGACAUAGCCCUCCAGGACACCACCCUUGAUCGUGAUGAUGUCAACGCAUUUUGCACUGAAAAGGUGGAAGCCCUGAUCCAGAGAGCAGAAGAUGAACACACUGGUAACAGAAAACAGCCAACGCUUCCACUGAUUCGGCUUCAGGUUGACUGCCGUGAGUGGUACAACAAAUUAAACGGAAAACGGUUUGGUCAGAAGUUUGUAGGUCGUGUGGCUAACAAGGAUGACUUUGUCUGGUGUAGUAAGAGAAGAAUACAAGGACAAACAAAAGAAGAUACCGAACCUGUAGAAGACUUAGAGGAAUUCUUCAAGCUAGAAGCUCUUGGAACGGAGAGGCAUGAAGACUCUGUUUGCAAGUACUUCUCAGGGACAGAAGAGGUUUGCGAUCACUGCAGAUACGGGGCUGCCCAUUGCUGCGCCCUCCGUCUGCUCAUGGAAGGAGCCUUUGUAGAGAAAGAUUUGAUUGCGUUACGCAUAUCCUUCGGGAUGUUCGGCUUUGGAGGCCGUGCUUUCUGUAGAAUGGCAUCUACAUCUCUGCGGACAGAGUCGGCAGUUUCGGCGUCGAGGGUCCUGAUUGAAGAUUCCACCUUGGCGACUAUCUCAGUCACUGGGAUCCGUUUAGGAGCAACAGCGAAGUUGAGGCCUUUCUUCAACGGCAUCCUCGGCAGGUGUCAAAUUUGGACUACUUUCUCGCUGUCUUCAGCAGAAAGGAUACUGGCGAUGUCGGCUGCCGUUGAAUCAAAUUCAGCUUUAGCUGAGUUCUUGACUAAGCAGCUUGAACUGCUGUCAGAGAAAUUCCUGGGCCUAGCUGUCAGGGAAUACGUGGACAAGGAGAAGAAGGAAGCAAUCCGAAUCGUCGUUAAACACCAGCUCUCCCAAACGCAAGGUCAACUCAUGAACCAAGGAACAACAAAAGACCAUAUCGAUGAUGAGAUCAAGGAUUUGCGAAAGUACAGAGUUCAUGCUGGUGGCAAGAAAAAAGAAGCAAAGAACAAGAAAGGUCGAGCAAGGAACAAGAAAGAUGGUGUACAAGAAGAUGCAGUGUUGACAAUGACCUGGAGAAUAGAAGCUUUGAUACAGUAA